AAAAAAUUUAAUACCAAUUAAUGUAGCAAUAAGUCACCACAGUUCACACAGACAAAUUCAAAGCAAUUGGUCCAUAUUCAGCCGGUAAAAUUGUUGCUUCAACAGCCAACUUAGUCUAUUUAUCAGGAUAAUUGGGCAUCAUUCCAGAAGUAAUCACUAAAAAUCUAUGUACAAUAGACUGGAAAUUUAAUAUCUGAAGAUGUAGCAGAAUAAGCUACUCAGGCUAUGAAAAAUGUUGGAAUCUUGUUGGAAGCAUCAAAGUCAAGCUUUAAGAAUGUUGUUAAAUGUAUCGUCUAUUUAGUCGAUAUGGCUGACUUUGCAAAAGUCAAUGAAGCCUAUGCUAAAUUCUUUGAUGGUGAUUAUCCAGCAAGAGUUUGUAUCGCUGUUAAAUAAUUACCAAAAGGAGGUCUAGUUGAGGUUGAAGUCAUUGCAGUUCAAGAUACUGAAUGAUGAAGAAUUUAUUGCAUAAAAUUGUAUAAAAACAACAUUAGUUUUAAUGAUAUUAUUAUUUCCAAAC